CGGAGUUCCCGAAGUCAGUCUCUUCUCCGUUCGAAGCUCAAUCCCAUCUCUGAAAGAUGCAGAUCUUCGUGAAGACCCUGACCGGCAAGACCAUCACCCUCGAGGUCGAGAGCUCCGACACCAUCGACAACGUCAAGGCCAAGAUCCAGGACAAGGAGGGCAUCCCGCCCGACCAGCAGCGCCUCAUCUUCGCCGGGAAGCAGCUGGACGAUGGCCGCACGCUCGCCGACUACAACAUCCAGAAGGAGUCGACCCUCCACCUCGUCCUCCGCCUCCGCGGUGGCGAUUUCUGAUGGGGGCACGGUCGUGUUUUGGUCGCGUGAUGUUAUGGCGUUUCAAGCGUUACCGUCGUUUUGGCAGUGCAGAAGUCUAGGGGUUGAUGCAUCGUGGAGUUUAGGUUGUCUUCUACAUGAAUAAAGGAACCUUUAUUUCUA